ACACGGAUGAUGAAAAAAAAGUUGAUCAGAAGAAUUUCACGAUCAAAGAAUAUAACGAAUGAAAAGUAUUAGAUCGAUUUAAAAAAUUUCUUCUAACAGCACGUGAGGUUUUCGUCAAUUUCUCUCCACAGAGUAUUGAAAACAAAAACAAAAAACACCUGUGGUUAUAGAAAUUUUUCUACGUAGGAAAUAUUUUGACCGUGUGUAUAAUCGGCUGAAGAAGACACCGCGAGACCGAAAAAAUGCAGAGUCAACAUCAGCGCAUAAUUGGAGUAUAAUUCGAUGAGUUUGCAGCACCAAGUCGAACGAUUUCCGUUGGAGAACCGAACUGUUCGACCGCGAUGUUUUUCCGAGUAUCUCGUGACUUGUCCCGGGAUUUUUUGCGCCGGAAUAUCGAUCUCUGGAAGUUAGCAAGUUUUUCAGAGGAGCAAAAAGCUCAUCAUAAGUUGGCAGAAACGGACGACAGCAAGGUCUCGAUAAUGCGACAGAGGAAAUAAUAACCGGCGAUGGCGGAUGCGCGGCAAGUGAGAAGUUUUUACAUUUACGCUUGAGCGUAAACGUGAUAAACGCCACGCCGCAUCGAAGCAAGAUUCUCGUCAGAAUCUCGCAGCCACGUUGGAAGAUAGAAGAGAGAAACUGGCGAUCGCCUAACCUAACCUAACCUCCAGAGUUUCCGCAGCUACGUUACCGGCGGAGCGACUUCGCCGUACGAACUUGACGACGCGGAUCGACUACGGAGGCCUUCGACACGCCGAGUUCAGCCGCUUUCUUAUCUGAUAGGUGUGUACUCGUAACGAUCGGAGGCCGUGAGUAAAACCGAAGCCGGCGAUCAAGGCCUUCAGAGUCACGGAGAAGCGGCCGCUUUCCGUCUCGCUCUUACCGACGGAGGAAGACACGCGAGGAAAAGAGAUCGCCGAUGUCGCGUGCCCGCUUCCCUUUCUAUCUACGCAUAUACCUAAAUAUCAUUCCUUUCGAAUGAGGUAAGAAUCGCGCCCGCCGCGGCCACGUGCGACACCGCUUCUUUUAUUUUCACUCGUACACCUCGGCGUCGAUUUUCACCAUUCGAAUAUUCCGAUAUUCACCCGGCCGGGUUCAGUGUCGCGAACUCCACCUUCUUCCAUUCCCGUUUUUACUCGUUGCCCAGGCGUGCGAUUCUCGUAAGACGACGUAGUACGCAGCGUAAAUCGCAAAACCCGUUUCUUACGUGACAGUGCAUCGCGGUUUGCUUAUCCAUAUGCAUCGCUUGUGUUUACGUGGCGAAAGCUCGUGUAGUGCCUCCACUUACACCGCCGUCGUUUGUUCAAACGCCGACGAAUGAAAGCUCCGCGCUUUACUUUUCGCCACCUCGAUGAUGACUCGAACUUGGCAAGCUCUGCCAUGAGAGGGAAUUUUCAACCUUACCUGCGACGAGCUGAGAUGGGCUCGCGCAGCGUUCCCGGUGCUGGCGUCGCUGGAGUAUUGAUCAACGAGGGCAGCGGCGAUGGAGGCGGCGUCGUCGUCGUCGGCGGGGGUGGAGGUGGAGGCGGCGUCGCGAGGAGGGUCGGCGCCAUGGCGGCAGUACGAGGUCGGACCUUGCCGAGGACGGGGCAGAGAGCUGCGCUUAACGGAACCAUCACGGUAUCGAAACGGCCCCCGGCGGCGGUGGCGGCGGUGAAUUCCGCCGCAGAAAUCAGCCAUCCGAAGACGAUCAGAGCACCCGGAAGUCUCGCGCUGCCUCCGAUUAACGGGGGGAAAAAUCCACCCUCGAGGAAAAGCCCAGGAAAACCGCGAGAGGGAGCCGACAAGGAAAACGCAGCGGGAGCCGGUCCGAAAGCUCGGUCCUCAAAAAGGCCCCGCGAAAACGAAGGGAAUGGAAAUGCAGGGAACGGUUUGGCCCUCCGACCGCCGAGAGUGAUCGCCCCGAAGAUGGCCAAGAACGCGGGGGAGAGCAGGAUACCGAUGCCGGGUUCCAUCCGGCCCUCGUUUCUUCCGAAGCCCAGGGUAGUCGCCCAGCACAAGGUUGCAGGAUUCGAAAUUCCUGUAACACCACAGAAUGCCGGACAGCGGGGAUCGGUGAAAUCACUUAUGGAGAGCCUCUACCUCGCAGACAAGGGUCGCGUCACUUCGACGCCAUUUGUUCAGCCGAAUUCAGGUACCAAAGCCUUCGACGACACCUUCGGGCUUUCACCGAUGGACAAUGUCGACUGCGAGGAGGCUGGAAAGUGUAAAACUCCGUCGCCGACGACGAAAACGAAAAUCCCACCCGGCAAUCGUCUGGUCCUGCCUACGAUGUUUACGAAGCCGUCGAUCCCCUCGACGAACGAAGCUACCGUCUCGCCGGGAACAAAAUCGACGAACCUGAACGUGACCGGAACCGUUGCGAAGCCAAAAACAACGCCGCAGGAAGUCGAAUCCUCAAAGUCGCCGGAGCAGAAGGCUCAGUCAGUUACAGACGCGGGUCUUUUGAAGAAGAAUGGAGCCUCACCGACGGGGAACGAGGGGAGAAAAUCCCUGCCAAAGAUUAACGAAACCUCCUCUGUACCGUCCAACGCAGAUGCCGAAGACAAAUGGAUGCCAAAGUCUUCUACGGGCGUAAGGAACAUUACCCACCUGAUUAACAAGGUCGAGAAUGCUCUUCUGCGUCAGGCGGUGUACAAGGUGAACGACGUGACGGUAAAUUUGAGCAAACCGUUGCCGAAACCAACCGGGGCUAUAUUUACGCUCAACGAAUCGUUCAUAAACGUGAAACCGACGGUGAACGGCAACUCCGCCAUUUCGGAGCAAACGACUUUGCCCAAUUUCUACGCCGACAAAUCACCCGUCGUCGAGGCACCGUUCACGAAACGACUCACGUAUAAUUGCGGGAAAAUUGACCAGCCCAACGAAGAAGGGGCCGACUCGAAGAACCUGACCUUCGACAAACCCGGCGUGAUCGCAGGCCUUAGUCCCGACGCCGCGAAACAGAACGGUGGAAUUCUGUCCCGCGAGGACAUGAACGACACCUUCUUGAUCGGGAAUAAGGCUGGUCAUGGCCAGGCCGAGUUUGCCAAGGAACAAAAGGCCCCGAAUGGCACGUUUUUGAUCGACGUCACCGAGAACAUCGACGCUUUCUCACGGACCAUAUCGAUACCCGGCGGAGAAAUUAACGGGCGAAAUAUACCGGGAACGACUUUAUUCCCUACGACACUUGACGACAAAGUGAAAAACGACAACGAACUAAACGACACGUACUUCAUCGAGCCGGGAAUCCCCGCUCGCGCCAGUAUCGUAAGCGGAAGCUUGAUGAGGAAGGAAUCGGCCGAGUUUCCGAGCAUUUUCUACGACUCAUUGCGCCUGAAUCAGAUCAAGUACGUCAACGACACCUGCCUAGUCGAUUACACCCUGUCCAGCGACACGACGAAUCGGUCGAAACUCGAGGAGUCCGCUAACCCGGCUGACGAUUCGGCGAGAAACUUCGACUUUUACAACUCGAAGAUCACCCUGAUCGAUGAGAUCGGCGACAGCUGCCUCGCCGACCGGACUCUGCAGGUCACCGACACCUUCAGUGAGCCUUUGAAUCCCGAACCCAUCGCCUCCAAGCCGAAGAAAUCCACUCCGGAUCCGACUUCCGGUCCGUACAGUCUUCUGGACCUGAACGUUCCCGAAGAGGAGGACGAAUUGACGCCACCGGCGGCACCGCCACCCUCGAAAGCGACGCCGGCUCCUCACUACCUGAUGCUGAACAAGCAGAACUCCUUCGAGCACGACGAGAGCUUGGGCAUACUGACGCCGGAUCAAAUGGCGGAGUUCAGCAUGGCCUUGGAGUGUUCGAGGACUCCGUCUUGCGAGAACUUGACCGGCUCCGGGGGAUCCAGGAUCGCGAUGACGAGGGCGUCCGCAUCCAGACCAUCGGAUCUCCCCACCUCCGUCGACGGUGAACCCACCGAAGGGUCAAGCGAGCGGACACCGUCUCCCGAAGACCUUCCGCUCGAUCCGAAGCCCGCUGAACCAACGCGGACCGUUCCGGUCAGCUUCAUCACCUCUGUGACCAGCAUCACUAGUCUGGAGGCCGGCUAUCAGGGCGACGGAGAAAACUCCAGGCCAGCCAGCCGCGGGGCCGAUCCGGCGCCUGUCGCACCGCCGCCGAAUCUUCCAGCCCCUCGAACCGAUCCUAUGACCGAUUCGGACUUCUUCACGGAGAGCGACGCCGACGCCCACGAGGAGAUCGUCCGCGGUGAUCGCAGGGCUCAGGUCAUCGAUGGUACGCUCUUCUGCGCCCCCGGUGGGAGACGCUGCCCCAGCUUCACAGGCGAGGAAAUGGACUCCAGUGGCAUUUAUUCCGAUCUCGAUCGCAGGCAGGACGAUCAACAACACGAGGAACCCCACAGCGAAGGUCAGACCCCCGACACCGCUGACACAGAGUCGCAAAAGAGCCAGCCGUCCCCUCAUUUGAUCGACAAUCAGCAGCAGCAGCUGCAACAGCCGAUCGUCACGGAUAACCUACAGGUACCAGCGAGCAAUUUGAACUCAUCGGUGGACUCGAACACGUCGGUUGGAACCUUGGACGUGACUGUGAUCGAGGUUCAAAGUCCGACUCCGCCGGCGAAGGCGUUGAACAAGUCGGACCCGGUGCCGUUGAAGAAGUACAAGAUGCCCAAGCGGAACGUCGUCUCGAAAAUCAAGGCUAUGAUCGAGUCCGGACCGAAAGACGAGUCCGAAAAGGAAGCACGACGCCCACAAAGGACGCCGAGGAAGGGUGGACGGUGGGAUGCUGUUAUGAGCAAGAUAGAAGCCGGGAAGAAUGAGCAAAGGUCACGACCACCGAGGAAGGAGGUCAAGUCAAGGGUGUUGCAAAGUCUGGGUCCACCACCCUCGACGACGAAUCGACGAUCGCCCGGAGACUCCACGAAGAGCAAGAGCAGGAGAACCAGAGGACGUCAGGAUGUGACAUCGCCUACUCAGGAGACCGCGCAAAGCUCGGUGCACAGUUCGAUGAGUGACAUCAGCAGUGCCCCCAGGUCGGCGAAGAAAAGAUUGGGCAGUCCCGGGGGCAGCGAGGGAUCGGCACAGUCAACGCCACGGAUUUCGUCUCCUCGACAACACCAGCCGCCACCCUCCUCAUUGACGAUUGUUAACAACGCGGUUUCAUCCGGGAACGUUAACAACAAUAUCAACGCCGCCGUCGCCGCCGCCGCAGCGGCAAACGUUGCCAACAACAACAAUAACAAUGCUAAUAAUAAUCAGCAAACCUCGGCUCGGCCGAUACCAUCACAUUCCCAGAGGUCACCGACCGUUGGAACACCUCCGCGAAGACCGGUAAACGGAAGAACGAGCCAACAGCAUCAGCAGCAGCAGCAACAACAACAGCAACAGCAGCAACAGCAAUCACGGAUCAGCGGGUCUGAGGCAAAGAAAAAUUCGCUCGACGUAUCUCGAGUAAAUCUAGAAAAGAGUCCCUCAGCAGCACGAAAGCCCGCCGUACCGCGGAGAUCGACGUCCAACGUCGUCCCGAAAAAUCAGAGCGUCUCUCCGCCUAAGGCCGGACCGCAGAUGGUUAUGGGUCCGGUUACAUUCGUUGCAGAUCGCGGGGCCAAGGAACCUACCCCUGCACCGAUUAGGGGGCCCAUCGAGACGCGGGAACAGGCCCAUCAGACUGACCCAACACACGAGGACAUCCACCUUAAACAAGCCGAGGUCUCCGUCCAGGCCUUGUCAGUCAUCGUGCAGUACCUCGCUCACCAGCUCGAUGGCUUCUCAGCACCGAGACUGAAGAAAGACUGCGAGAGGAUGAAGACUGAAUGGCUGGAGGCACGGCUCGAAGCGGAAGAGUUAAGGGCCGGAUAUCGCCGUGUUGAACAACAGUUAACCGAGCAACACGACGAAGGAAAACGGGCCCUGGAUAAUCUACGAGCUGAGCUGGAAUCCCGGCACGCUCAGCGACUUACGGAGAUGGAAUCAGCGCUGCAAGACGAGCGCGAAAAGUGCGAAGCCCGUCUUCAGGACACCCUUGACAACUCAACCAAGGAGUUGAAGUCGACGAUAGCCCGCCUGCGGACAGAACACGAGGCGGAUCUGGUGCGACGAGAGGCUGCGACGGAGCGAAGAUCGGCGGUCCACGAUCAGGGAGCAGCGCUGAGAGCGGAGGCGGAUUCCCUGCGAACGGUGCUCGAGUUGCGGAGCCAGGAGAUCGCGGCGCUACGAGCGGAGAACGACAACCUGCGCCGAGAAGUGGAGGUGAAGGAGGCGCUCGAGGUAAAGGUGGUAGCACUGGAGGCGCGGAGCGAAGACCUGCGCGCGCAGCUCCAGAGGAAGGAAACUUUCGAGCGUCAGUUAUCGCACGAGAACAAGGUGCUGCUGGAGUCGUUCCACCAGGAAUCGAAGCAGAACAAGCGGCUCUCGCAGCACAACGAGGAGCUGCAAUGGCGGCUGCGUCAGAACAACGAGGUGGUCACGGUGCUGGCGAAUCAGUUGGCGGCCCCGCCGCAGCGUCUGACGAGAUCGUUGGGCCCCGAGCACACGAGCCUCUCCCAUUCGCUCGAUGACUCGCCGCCAGCCUCGCCGAUGGUCAAGUCGAUGGUGGAGAAGAGCGACUCGGUAUCCUGGACACUGGAGAUCGAGGAGUCCCCCGAGGCGAUGGCCUCCCGUUUGCUGCGGCGCUCCGGGUCGAGCCGCGGCAUCAGUCCCAGCGACUCAAGGCCCAAAAGGCCCCGGCAGCCGUCCUCGUCCUCGCCCGUCACAGCCGCCACCGUUUCCCGACAGAGUUCGCUGCGCGCGACGAAUCCUCAGCGAGCCGUUGUCCUCAGGGCUAGGUCGAAGAGCGUUUCCAUCGGCGACAACGGGCCCCAGGACGCAUGGGCCUCGCCUGGAUUCACAUCGACACCGUCCGCCGCACGAAGAAGACCCAGAAGCGAUCCCGCCGCUAAUACCGCUGUUGUUAACCAGGAACCGAGCCCCGGUCUAAGGCCCCAGGAGGCCGGUGGCGAAGCGAUGAUAUCCGAGGAGACAUCGGCGUCCAGCAGCGAAGACGAAUCCUCGGCCAGCAGCGACAUUCCACGACUAGCGAUGGAACUAUCAUGGAGCGAAUCGGAGGGUUGACGUAUCGCCCCCGACGCCUGCUGCGGCUGGAGGAGGACCAAGAGCCUCUAAGACUUUCGACUAUAACUAUUACACAUCGUACGAACACGUGUGAAGGAUUUUGAAUUUUUUUCUCGUUUUCUUUUGUUGUUAUUACACUGGUUUUUGUUUUUUUUUUUUUAUAUACAUUUUUUUGUUUUAUUUUUUACCUACACGAAUCGCCCUGCAAGGUUAAAAACUAGUGACAAUUUACUGUUGGGAUUUUUUUUUUUACUUCUCCUUAUCGUCAAGUUUUCUUUUUACUUUUUUUUUUUUGGUUUUUUGUAUUUUUUAAUUCGUUUUUCUUUUUAUAAAUUCACUCCGUUUUUGGGAAUUUUACGGAUGGUUAUAUAUUAUAAUAUGCCUAAAAGAUGCAGGGUUUUUCUCUCCUGCGGUGCGAAGCUAGGAAGAGAAGGAUUCGGUGCGUGAUUUUAAAACACGGUUCGAUUAACGCUGCAGGCAAAGGGUGAAAAAGGAUGCAGGUAUAUAUGUAAGAAUCGAUGGAACUGGGACGAGGUGACAAUGAUAAAUAUAUGUGAAAUAAAAAUUGUGAGAGACGAGCGGUGGGGAAUCCAGUAUUAUAUAGUUGUCUAUAUAUAUUUACAGAUAAUUAUUAACGAUUAUUGUCAUUGUUAUUAUUAUUAUUAUUAUUAUUAUUAUUAACAAUUACGCUGCUACACUUAUUAUGAUAUACUCGAUAAACGAAAUAUUAUCGUUGUUGUUCUUAUUAUUAUUAUUAUUAUUAUUAUUACUAUUAUAACGAGAAGCAGAAGAGGUGAAACAAAAAAUGAAAUUUGAUAGUAAUACAAAAAACAAUCUGCAUGUAGCUGUUUUACGUUUGAUAAUAAUGAUAUAUAUAUAUAGGUAUACUUAUUAACAUUGCGUUGCUGUUGAGUAUACAAGGUGAGAUUAUGUAAUAACUUGGACCAAAAAUAAUAACCCUUUGGAUCAGAGGAUUUCCUGAUCCAGUUAGAAGCGACGUCUGUUUAAUGAUGAAAGCUAUGUUUGCCACUUUAUACCAAAUUAACUCAUCCUUGGAAAGAAGGAUCUGUUUGCGCUUAGAAAAAGGGUGUAAGAACGAUUAAUUCUGCAGCUUCGUCGCCGAUAUUGCGAGUUGUUCUUUUAUCCUGCGAUUCGAUCAUAGGCCAAUCGAGCGGAACGGUGAGGUUGUUGUUAACGAUCGAGCAAUUAUUUCAGUGUAAAAAUGAUGAUUCGAAUUACGUUGACAAAAGUGGCAAAUUAGCCGAAAUGCGAAGAUAUGCAAAAUCGUGUUACGCGUAUGUUGAGGAUACGUAAUACCGAUCGUGUAUGUAACUGUAAUUAUUAUAUACUCAGAUGAAAUGCAAGUCCUAGCUCUGUGAUUGCAGCUCGUUAACUGUACAUAACGUAACUCGCCAUUUCUCGACUACGUACGAUUUUUCUUUUUUAAUUUCGAAACUGUUUGAAUUAAAUUUCCCGUGUCCGCAAAGUGUAAAAAUUUCCCAAACUAUCGAGUCGACGACGUUUGGUUUUUUUUUUUUUUAAUUUUUUUUUUUUUAUUUGUUGUAAAGAUUUUAAACGCUAUACGGAUGGGAUUUAUUCUUGGACAAGUUUCUAAAACCGUUGUCGAAUAUAAACGAGAUUCGUUUGAUGGAAAAUCAUCGACCAUUUCGUGAAUGUGAAUGUUUUAAUUUUUUAUAGUGUCUUCAAAAAAAUUUUGACCAUCCUGUACAAUUGUAGCCUUUGAAGAUAAAUUAAACAAAGAAGAAAAAGAAAAAAAAAAAAAAACUUAUCGCGGCAUCGUUCACACGUCGUGUAGAAAUGACUCCCGACUAAUAGCUGUGUAACUUCACGUCGGAAACUUGUUUUCUGAAGUUAUAUGUAUAAAUACGAUAACAUUUUGAGUGGCUGCAGCUGAUUAAUAUGUAUACAUGGGUAUAUAUUAAUUAUCACGUGUACCGUGUGAAACUAGCAAGAAUAUCAUGUCAUUGAUUUAUUUAUUCACGUUAUCUGUUGUGUAUUCAUCAAAAUCGUGAGAAAGAAAAAUGUUGUUGUACCGUUUUGCGAAAUUCCAUCGUUUUCUAUAUUUUCCAUAAUCAAUAUUAGGGAGUUCGCCAAGAGUUCCGAGGCGCGAAUCAGCCAAAGAGAAUUGAUUAUAUGUUAUACGUUUAACGGUAUGAUUUCAUAAAUUCCCCAGCGUUUUCCCAUAUAUAUUAGCGUACGUGCACACAAAUAUAGUAUAUGUAUAAUGGUUGAUUGAUUAUUAAAAUGAUUCCUUUUCAUCGUCAAAAAGUAAAAGAGAGGGAUAAUGAAAAAGGCGGAAAUAAAGAAUAAUAAAAGCUAACUUAAGUUAAUUAUUUGUAUCUUUUGUACAAAGCCAUGGAUAUGCAUAUACUACAUAGUACGUAAGAACAUGAACGGUUUAAAAUUUAACAAAAAAAAAAAAAAAAAAAUUGAAAAGAACCGAUGUCUUAGCGAUUAAGAAGGAUAUUACGAAGAAAUAAAAUAGAAUUGAUUAAAUAUAAAAUGCAACACACGUAUAAAGUUGUAGCUGAAGUUUGUAUGACGAAGAGCUAUUAUAAUAAUAGCGAAAUAUUUGUAGUUUUGAAGUUAACUAAGAUUUUCAUCGAAGUCAAUGAUGACGAGGAGGGAUGAAAAAAGAAAGAAAAAACAAAAAAAAAAAAAAAACAAACAUAACAAAGAAACACGCAUGGAGAAAAAGAAAAUGAUAAUUCUCUCCUUCACUUAUAUAUAUAUAUAAUAUAAUGUUGGACAAAUUUAUUCUAUUCUCUAUUUACCAAAUAAAAAAGA